AGAUCGUAGACCAUCAACAAUUAUUUUGUACAAAUAAUCUCAUAGUGUCAACAUGGUUUGCCGGGACAACCCAGUAGUACACAAAAUCUGCGAAUUGUACGAUGAGAUUUCGAGGUUGGAGAGCCUGAAGCCCUCCGAGGAUGUCGACACGCUGUUCACACAGCUAGUCCACGCGUGCAUCCCACCAAACACUAUAGACGUCUCUAAGCUCUGCUCCAAAAUUCAAGAUAUGACGUCUAACCUCAUAAGGCUCUGUGGUGAAGCUGAGGGCCUUCUUGAAUCCCAUUACUCCAAUAUUCUUGGUUCUCUCCCUGACCCCCUCCAAAACCUUUCCAUUUUCCCUUACUUCAAUAACUACCUCAAACUAAGCCUCCUCGAGUUCGAUCUCCUAAGUAGGCAUUGCGGCGUCGCCCCGCCGCGUCGUCUCGCGUUUGUGGGGUCCGGCCCCUUGCCGUUAUCGUCCAUAGUCCUGGCCACGUGCCACCUCACGGCCACGGAUUUCCACAACUACGACAUUAAUCCCGCGGCCAACUCCCUGGCGGCGCGUUUGGUGGGCUCGGACCCGGGUCUCGCCCGCCGCAUGUUCUUCCACACCGCGGACAUCAUGGGCGUCACGUGCGACUUGAAGGAGUACGAUGUGGUGUUCCUGGCGGCCCUGGUGGGGAUGGAUAAGGAGGAAAAGGGGCGAGCUAUAGACCACUUGGCUAAGUACAUGGCUCCCGGGUCGCUCCUUGUGGUUCGGAGCGCCCACGGGGCACGUGCGUUUCUCUACCCUGUGGUGGAGCCUCGUGAUCUCCGAGGAUUCGAGGUUCUUACGGUGUACCAUCCGACGGAUGACGUUAUUAACUCCGUGAUCGUCGCGCGGAAGAUGCCGCUGCCGGCGGCCGUUCAUCCCUAUGAUAAUAAUCAGCAGGGGUCGUCGAUGGUGCUGCCAAGCAAGUGUUCUUGUGCGGAGAUUCACGCCUUCAAUCCACUCAACAAGUUGAGCAUGAUUGAAGAGUAGGGUUCUUGAAGAUCAGAAGAAGAAGGGGAGAUCUGAUCUGAUAUGAUCUCCCUCUAUUUCCAUUGAUUUGGUUAAUCAUCAAUUAUCAUCGUAUUUGUUGUUGUUGUUGUUGUUGUUAGUUUUCUCUGCAUGUCUAACUGUUUUAAUUACCAUGGUCUCAUCAGUUUCAUACAAUACAUUGUCUCCCCCACCCUAUUUGUGUUCCUAUCCUUUCCAUAUGUGUGUCAAUUUCAUCAAGAAUGGGAAAUGGCAGGCCAUACCCUUUGAGCAUUUAAUUUGUUGAUCUUCUUCAUAUCCACUUUAUUUCUCCAUCUAUCCCAAUAUUUUUAUUUA